UGCGCUCUACGCGCACACGUCUUUGCGUAGCUAAAAUGGCGGCGCCCGCAUUACGAGUUGGCCACCGCUGGCUUGUCGAUCUGAGGACAAAUUUCCCUCGACUUCUGGCCCCUGAGAAACGGCGACAGCUCCAUCACCAGCGGCCGGAGCCACAGCCUCAAGCAAGGCUGGCGCUGGCCAAGGGACUCCUAGCCGCUCAGUGCGAGCGGGGUCUGUUCCAGGAUAUUUUCCCGCCUCAAGCCGCCGAGGAACAGCUCCUCAACCUGCUGGAAGCGGGCGGCCCGCCUGUGACCGCCUAUUGCGGCUUUGACCCCACGGCCGAUUCGCUUCACGUCGGGCACUUGCUAACCGUCAUGGGCUUGCUGCACUUCCAGCGCGCGGGCCAUGACGUCAUCGCACUGGUGGGCGGGGCCACCGCGCGCCUGGGCGACCCCAGCGGCCGCACCAAGGAGCGCGAGGUGCUGUCCGAGGAGUGCGUUCGGGGACACGCACUGGGCCUAUGCGAGGGGCUCCAACGGCUCUUCGACAACCAUCGCGAGCUCUUCUGGCAGGGGGAGGUCUCGCGCCUGGGCCGGGCCACCGUAUUGGACAAUGCCAGCUGGCUGGAGCGCGAGCCCGUGGUCGGGUUCCUGUGCGGCGUCGGAGGGCACCUGCGCAUGGGCACGUUGCUGAGCAGGCAGAGCUGCAAGGCCCGCUUGGGCAGCCCUGAGGGCAUGGGCCUAGCCGAGUUCCUGUACCCGGCCCUGCAGGCUUACGACUUUCUGCACUUGCACCGUCACCACGGCUGCCGCGUCCAGCUGGGAGGAGCGGAUCAGAUGGGCAACAUCAUGUCAGGAUACGAGCUUGUCUCCAAGGUAACAGGUGAAGAUGUAUUUGGAAUAACUGUGCCUCUUAUUACAAGUACUACUGGGAAUAAAUUGGGAAAAUCUGCUGGCAAUGCAGUUUGGCUAAACAGAAAUAGGACCUCUCCAUUUGAGCUAUAUCAGUUUUUUGUCAGACAGCCAGAUAACACUGUAAAAAGGUACCUGAAGCUUUUCACUUUCCUCCCUCUUCCGGAAAUCAAUCAUAUUAUGGAAAUGCAUGCUAAAGAGCCUGAGAAGUGGGCCCCCCAGAAACGUCUUGCUGCUGAAGUAACUAAGCUUGUUCAUGGCAAGGAAGGUCUGGAAUCUGCUAAGAGAUGUACAAGGGCCCUUUAUUACAGUGAUAUAUCAGCACUGGAGACUAUGUCUGACCAAGAACUACAGGAACUCUUUAGGGAAGCUCCAUAUGUUGAAUUGAUGCUUGAACCUGGAACAACAGUACUUGAUUUGUGUCGGAAAGCUAAUGCUAUUGCAGAUGGACCAAAGGGGUAUCGUGAUAUAACAAGCGGUGGAGUUUCUAUAAACCACAGUAAAGUAACCAAUCCUGAUGCUGUUCUAGUUGUUGGACAACAUAUUUUCAGUAAUGGCUUAUCACUCCUUAAGGUUGGAAAGAGAAACUACUAUGUUGUAAAAUGGCUUCAGUUGUCACAUGAAGAGCAAAACAUCUAAGUUUCUUCUGGUAUGUUAAAAGUGCGUUUUGCUUCAAGGACUUCAAAAAGACAAACUUGAGAACAUGCCUCAAAUAACUCACAAGAACUCUGGGAUGCCUAUGGGCUCACUGUGUGAGACUUGUUUGUAGAUGGUAUUUUCAUACUUCAAUCAUGAAACACAUGGGAAUGCUAAUUUGCAAUGCAGAUUCGAUCCAAAGAAUGCAGCUGUUGAAGACUGUCGUAAGUAUUGCUUAUAAAAAGUUUGUCUACAAUAAAGAUGGCUAAGUGAAUCUUCAAAGUUA